AUGACACAAAAAAAGAUUUUGUUUUUUGAUUCAAAAUUAUAUGAUGAAAAAACAUUUAAAGAAGCUUUAAAAACAUUAAAUGCUCAAGAUAAAUUACGUUUUACGUUUCUUCAAAGUAAAUUAAAUGAUGAAACUGUUACUGAAGCUCAAGGUUAUGAUGGCAUUUGUAUUGUUCAUCAGGAUGCUCGCAUACCAAAUAUUAUCGAAAAAAUACAUGAAAAUUGUUCUUCAGUUAAAAUAAUUGCUCUACGCAGUGCUGGACAUCGUGGUUCAUCGUUAGAAAUAGCUAAAAAUUAUGGCAUUGAAAUAUGUCGUGUACCACAUUAUUCACCACAUGCUGUCGCUGAACAUUCAGUGGCUCUUUUACUUUCACUUAAUCGUAAUAUGCACCAUGCAUUUUUUCGAACAAAGCAACAUAAUUUUACUUUGGACGGGUUAGUUGGUGUUGAUCUUUUUGGUAAAACAGUUGGCAUUAUUGGAACAGGUGGUAUUGGAAUGUGUGCAGUUAAUAUAUUUUUGGGUUUUGGUUGUAAAGUCUUAUGUUAUGAUAUUAAACCUGAUGAGGAAGCAGCGAAAAGAAAAGGUUUCGAAUACGUAACAAUGGAUGAAUUACUUCAAAAAAUGUCUCUCUAUGCACCAUUAAACAACUCAACUUAUCAUUUGAUUGAUAAAGCUGCUUUCAACAAAAUGAAGCAAGGUGCUAUGUUAAUUAAUACAAGUCGUGGUCCUUUAAUAGAUGCUAAAGCACUUGUAGAGUGUCUUAAGUCAAAAAAAUUACGAGGUGCAGCAUUGGAUGUUUAUGAAUUUAAAGAUAAAUAUUAUUUUUUCAAUGAUUAUAGUCAAACAGUAGGAGAAAAUAUCUUUGGUUCUGGUUUUUUAUUUAAAUUAGUAUUUUAA